AUGAAGCUCCUUGCUCCUGCUGUUGCCAUCGUCUGGACGCUCCUCAUGGGGUUGACUUGGAGUUCACCCGUAGACCAACAUGGGAAGAUGACAACCUGGGAUUCAUUCUCGGAAGCCAUCGGCAAUGCGACAUCGAUGCUGUUCUCGAAAGCACCAGGAGACCGUGUGGCUGGAAAUGCGAGCAUCUACCACUGCAAGAAUACUGGCCAGAAUGAUAUAGCAGAGUUCAACUUCAUCAACACGUCGCCUCAGGUACUCCACAGAAACUCGGACUUCAACGUCACAGUAUCUGGCCGGCUCCGUCAGCUGGUUGAAGACGGCGCCAUGAUGGACAUCAAGGUCAAGUACUCAGUCUUACCGGUCCCCGUCGUGCGCCGCAAAUAUUCUCUCUGCGAACUAUUGAAAUACACUGGGACCACGUGUCCGAUCCCAGUGGGCGACCUGGGGUUUGACAGAUCAUGGCACAUCCCCGACAGAUUCAUCCCUCGGGGAAUGUACCAUAUCUAUAUCAACGCAUAUACGAAGAACAAGGAUCCCAUUGCCUGUCUGGUCAUCAACCAAAGGUUCAACUAA